CCCUCCCUCGCCCCUCAUGAAGUUCACCGCUGCCCUCGUCGGCGCCGCCGCCGUCUUCGGCGUCACGGCCGCCCAGUCGUCGAGCAACCAGACGCUCUGCGCCAAGUACGCCUCGGCCCUCUUCAACGUCAGCAACUCGACGACGCAGCAGACGCUCCUCACGGCGCUCGUCAACACGGCCGUCAUCGGCAACUACUCGGCCGGCGCCAUGAACGCCGUCACCGGCAUCGUCAACCCGGGCCGCACCACCAGCGGCGAGGAGGUCAACCUGCUCGGCUACUUCAACGGCUCGCUCGUGUCCACGAACCGCAACGGCCAGGCCGUCGCCAUCAACUUCCUCGACGACGGCGGCGCCACGCCGCUCAAGGAGAACAAGCCCUGCUCGUCGGGCGACAACAGCAAGAACCAGUGCAAGCUGCUCAACCACCUCUACCAGUACUUCGGCGCCCUGCUCGGCUGCGACGCCGAGGGCUUCCCGAGCUACGCCGGCUCCACGUCGCAGUCCGCCGUGCACCGCUACAUGAACCUCGACACCAACGAGGUGACGUACUUCAUCGAGCAGGUCGGCGCCGCUGCCGCCUCGUUCGGCGUCUCGUCGGAGGACAUCACCACCGUCGCCACGACGCUCGGCAACGUCUUCAACGUGCGCUGCGCGCCCGCCGCGAAGGUCCCGUCGACGGCCGAGACGGCCUACUCGCAGUCGAUCUGCGUCGCCUCCGACUGCCCGCUCGCCGAGAACUCGGACUGCUCGGCCACGAGCGACAUGAGCUUCCCCAACGGCACCAACGGCGUCGAGCCGCAGCGCGCCUCGGCGAGCACCAGCUCGAGCAUGUCGGGCGGCUCGUCGACGACGCGCUCCGGCUCGGCCCCCACGGGCUCCACCACGACGCGCCCCGACGGUGCCUCGAUGCUCACGGCCGUCAACGCCUUCGGCGCCCUCGCCCUCGGCGCCGCCGGCCUCGUCGCCAUCUCCCUCUAAGCGCACGCACCUCGUGUGCCUCCGCCUAGCGGCCUACCUCCCCUUCACCUCACUUAACUCUCCCUCUCCACCCCAUGCUCGUACCCAUCACUUGGCUGCGUGCUCGUAGUUGAAUCGUAUUUUACCCU